GUAAUUUCACACCGAAGAAUACAGAGUUUCUGGCGUUCAGAUUCCAGUGCUCAAAAGCCCCAAAUCCCAAAUUGACGGAGCAAGAAAUUGGUGGCCGGUUCAUUUUGAGUUGAGAAAGCAUUGGUAUUGGGUGAGUCCCUUGCCUUGUUGUCCUUUGCUCCAAUUAUGUUUGGUCUUUAUUGUAGAACAAGAUUGCAAUUAGUAUUUCCAAGUUAUCUCUGCUUUCGAAAGACGCCUCCUUUUAUCACAUCAUUUUCAUCAAAAUCAUUAUCAGGUGAUGAAAAAGGUCGCUCUUUUACAGUUUCAUACUUUGUGAACUCAUUUGGGUUCUCCCCAGAACUUGCUCUUUUUUUGUCCAAGAAACAUAAGAUACAGUUUGAAUCCCGAGAAAAACCAGACUCAGUUAUUAAGCUUCUGAAACACUAUGGACUCACUGGUACCCAUGUCUCUGAAAUCGCUAGGAAACGCCCACACCUGUUUUUAUUCAAUGCUGAGAAGACCCUUUUGCCCAAACUCGAGUUUUUUUGUUCUAUUGGCAUUUCAGGCACUGUCCUUGCUAGGCUCCUUUGUAACAACCCAAGAAUCUUGGCAUUAAGCUUAGAGAGAAGUCUCAGACCUUGUUAUGAUCUCACCAAAACUCUACGUAUCCCCGACGAAAAGCUCCGUUAUUUUUUUGGUGACUUCAGGCGGAAUAGUUUGGAAAGACUCUGCAUUGUUGCUCGAAAUAUUCCGGUGCUGACAGCACAUGAUGUGCCACAAUCCUCAUUUCCUCUGUGGGUGCCCUUUUAUUUUAGGGCACUAUCCUUUGACUCUGAGAAGGUUAAGACAAAUCUUCACAAGGUCAUUAGCAUGGGAUUCGACCCUUCAUCUGCCACAUUCAUGAAAGCACUGUAUGUGAUAUCAGUGACGGAUACAUCGAAAUGGGAACAGAAGAUGGAAUUUUAUAGCAAGUGGGGUUGGACUGAAGAUGAUGUGUUGUUGGCAUUUAGAAGGAGUCCCUUGUUUAUGUCCUUCAGUGAGAAGAUUAUUUCCAGUAAAAUGGAUUUUUAUGUGAAUACAUUGGGUUGCCAGCCCUCAGAUGUGGCUGGAUGUCCAGAUGUUCUAACUUAUAGUUUGGAGAAGCGAAUCAUACCUAGGUGUUCAGUUAUCAGACUUCUCCAGUUAGAGGGCUUAAUCGCAAAGGAAGAUGCAUCUAUAAUUACCAUUCUGCAGAAAAGUGAGAAGUGGUUCUUGGAAAGGUUUGUGAUCAAAUAUCAAGAGCAAGUACCAGAAUUGCUGACAUCUUACAAGGAAAAAAUCAGUCUUGCAAAGUUUGGCUUAGGAUUUGAUGAAAGAGGUGGAGUGAAACAAGUCUAGGACAAAGCUUGUUAUUCUGCAUUCUAAUUGAUGAUUCUGAGGAUGAAGUUCUACUACAAAGAGAGAGUUUUAAAUGGCAAUGCAGAAAAUGAUGUUCUUUUCUGUGUAUGACUUGACCAAGUAUGCUAUCCUCAAACCGCUUAGUUCUGAGAGAUGAAUUCUUAUGAUAGAUAGAGAGGUGUUCAACUCAGAUAGGAUUGCUCCUGAACUGCUUCUUGACAGGCAUCUUCAUAUUACAUGUUUAACACACUCUCUACGUUUUUGAACACUACUACGUGAACACUUCGAAUCCAAAGCCAUGUAGCUUAGAUUUCUUUUCCUUUGAAGAAACUGUAUGUCAAUCAUUUGUAUUUGCUGCACUCCUGUAAUAGGAUCAGUAACUCGGUACAUUACUGGUUCACUGGUUCACUCUGAUAAAUAUGAAAUUGCAGUAUCAAUGCGGAGAACAUUGUGCUACAUUUACAUCUGCAUUGAGUCUUGACCAACAUGAAAAUGGAUAAGUAAUUCAAGAUUUAGAGAACGUUGUGCUACAUUUACAUCUGGAGUGUUUGGUACGUAGUAUAUGUUGUAGGUUGGGAAGGGUUUGGCCAUGGAUGUAAACAAAUCUCUCAAUCACCCUUCCUUGGGGUUGGUCCAUUCAACAUGGUUUACUCAAGUGUAAAGCAGUAUUGGGAUUCUCUCCAUGUGUGGACAAGAUCUUCUGCAGUCCAUGAAGAAAGUCGAUGAGGGCUAUCAAUGAGGCCUUGUUUGAAUUCCAGCAGUGGUUGCCUUCUCUCUAUGCACCUGAUUGUGCUCAUGUGAUUGGUGUUAGCUUGGUCGCCAGGUACUCCUGAGUUGAAUCUGUGGGAGAAGGAACAAUGAUAUGUAGCAGCAGGAAAAGUACCAAAAAUGUAGAAACAAGCCUCAUACUAACUGUAAUGAAGUUUAAGAUCAAAGAAGCGAUAGAUUUGACUGCUGCAAAGCAGGGUAUUAUACACCCAAAU